UGGGAAACUCACCUCUGAACAGGAGCCCACCCUCCACUCCUGACACCAUGACCUACUGCUGCUCCCCUUGCUGCCAGCCUACAUGCUGCAGGACCACCUGCUGCAGGACCACCUGCUGGAAGCCCACCUGUGUGACCAGCUGCAGCAGCACACCCUGCUGCCAGCCCUCCUGCUGUGUGUCCAGCUGCUGCCAGCCUUGCUGCCGCCCAACUUGCUGUCAAAACACCUGCUGCAGGACCACCUGCUGCCAGCCCACUUGUGUGACCAGCUGCUGCCAGCCCACCUGCUGCGGGUCCAGCUGCUGUGGCCAAACCAGCUGUGGGUCCAGCUGUGGCCAGACCAGCUCCUGUGCACCUGUGUACUGCAGCAGAACCUGCUACCACCCCACGUGUGUCUGCCUGCCUGGUUGCCUGAACCAGAGCUGUGGAUCCAGCUGCUGCCAGCCCUGCUGCCGCCCAGCCUGCUGUGAGACCACCUGCUGCAGGACCACCUGCUGCCAGCCCACCUGUGUGUCCAGCUGCUGCCAGCCUUCUUGCUGCUGAUCAACUCCCAAGAGAACCACCAUCCUCACACAACAGCCUUCUGCUCAACUGACUUAUCUUUUGGGGAACUAAUUUACUUUGCUGCUGACCGCCACCAUGCUCUCACCCAAAUUUUUAUGAAUUCUCUCCAUGUUUAAAAUCUUUUGAAUCAGCUUGAGGGAAGGCAGAGUACUUCAUCCUGAUUCUGUUUUUCCUUACACCUUGUGGAUCAUGUGCCAGGCUUCUGUGUCUUCAGUUUGGAGUCAUGGUCUCAGCUUUGACUCUAAAGUCAAGAGCUUCAUUCUCUGCUUCUCAGAAAUUUAGGUUUCUGCAACUAAUCCAUAAUCUUUGCAGUUAUAAUUUUGUUUUCAAUAUCCUCCUCAUUGUUCUUGUAUCUUUCUUUCUUCUUUUCAUGAUAACUUUGGGUCAUGUUCCUGGUAGCAGAGAUUCUUGCCUACAUGUUUCUGAAUAAACUCUGAACCAUCCUCAUCUCA